AUGUUAUACAUGUGGUCAGCCUGGACAUUAUGCCAGAUAUUGUUCGCAAUAUUUAAACCGGUGAUGGAGUCACGUAGUGGUGAUAGUGGCUCCAACAAUCACAAUAUAAAACCAUCACCUUUAACAUUUAUUACAGUUCCAGUGAAUGGGAAAAUGAUCAAAACCUUGGUGGAUACCGGAGCAACCAAUUCAAUUAUUAAUCAAUCCACCUUAUCAAAGCUUCAUCAUGCACCCAUCAUAAGAAAAAGUUAUUAUUAUCAAUUAGCCAAUAAGACUAAUAUGCAUUUUAUUGGCGAAGUACAACUGAAGGUUAGAAUUAAAUAUAUAACCACCUGGAUUACGGCAUUGGUGGCGGAUUCACUAUGUACCGAUUUUAUUUUGGGUAAAGAUUGGAUACGACAAUACCAAAGUGAUGUAUUAGAAAGCAGUCAGGAGAUUAGAAUUAGAACUGGAUCUGGUCCAGUAUCAGUACCAUUUGAUGAAGAUACAGAAAAUGUUGCUUUCGAUAUUAAACUUCUUCAUCCAAUUAUAUUAGGUUCACGACAAGAAUGUGAGAUUGAAGCACAAGCUCCCAUUUCAACAGCUGACACAGUUAUAUUUCAUCCAAACAACAACUUCAACAUAAUCCGGCAAUUUUGA